AGUUACCUUAAACAGUGGAAAUAGUGAGGAGAGUUGAAAGAAUGGCACAGACACACAGCUCUCACUCUCACUCGUCUGUACUGAGUGAAGGAGGUGACGCGCAAAUCCACCUACUGGAGCCCUGAGGCAUUACCAAUGGAUCGAUGCAAAAUCAACCCAGGCAAAACUCUCACUACUCAUCUCCCUUUACAAUCCCACUGCAUAUUUCAUACAGCAAAACAGUCAAAACAACAAAUAAAAUAAUAAUAAAGGCAUGUCACGAAAUAUAAGGAACAGAGAUGUACAACUCCAAAAUUAAUCAAAUUUAUGAGCCACCACAAUUGCAGCACCUCCCCUUUCUCAGAAACAGCUUCUGGGUCUGCCAGUAUGUUUUCUUAUUUCCUGGUCCCGCCUCUUUCACAGAUCUGUCAGCUUUGCGAUUGGUGUAAUCACUGUGAUGGAAAGGGGGAGAGCUGACUAACCCAGCUGCUUCAGCCUGUGAGUGUGAGGGAGAAAAGAGGGCUUGGCUUCAAGUGGGACAGUGUUUUCGAGAAAGUGAAACUGUUGAGUCAUUCUCUCCUUCUGAAUGGUGAAAUGGCACAGCAAAGAAAUCAGCUGGACUCAGAGAACUUCUCUUGUUCCAUCUGUCUGGAUGUACUGAGGAAUCCGGUGUCUAUUCCCUGUGGACACAGCUACUGCAUGAACUGUAUUAAAAGUUUCUGGGAUGAAGAAGAUAAGAAGGGAAUCCACAGCUGCCCUCAGUGCAGGAAGACGUUCAAACCGAGGCCUGUUGUAGAGAAAAACAUCAUGUUAGCAGUUUUAGUGGAGGAGCUGAAGCACACUGGACUCCAAGCUGCUGCAGGUGAACAAUGCUAUGCUGGACCUGAAGAUGUAGCCUGUGAUGUCUGCACUGGGAGGAAGCUGAAAGCUGUCAAAUCCUGUCUGGUCUGCCAGGACUCCUAUUGUGACAAACACGUCCAGCGUCACUACAAUAUAGAUCGAUUACAGAAACACAGGCUGGUUUCGCCUUCCAGGAAGCUCCAAGAAGCGUCAUCAUCUAAUUGUGAGAUCUGCUCUCAUCACAGUGAGGUGAUGAAGAUUUUCUGUCGUACUGAUCAGCAGAGUAUCUGUUAUCUCUGCACAGUGGAUGAACAUAAAGGCCAUGAAACAGUCCCAGCUGCAGCAGAAAGGACUGAGAAGCAGAAGGAGCUCGAGGUGAGACGACUAAACAUCCAGCAGAGAAUCCAGGAGCGAGAGAAAGAUGUGAAGCUGCUUCAACAGGAGGUGGAGGCCAUCAAUGGCUCUGCUGAUAAAGCAGUGGAGGACAGUGAGAAGAUGUUCACUGAGCUGAUCCGUCUCAUCCAGAAAAGAAGCUCUGAUGUGAAGCAGCAGGUCAGAUCCCAGCAGGAAACUGAAGUGAGUCGAGUCAAAGAGCUUCAGGAGAAGCUGGAGCAGGAGAUCGCUGAGCUGAAGAGGAAAGACGGCGAGCUGGAGCAGCUCUCACACACAGAGGAUCACAACCAGUUUCUACACAACUACCCCUCACUGUCAGCACUCAGUGAGUCUACACACUCAUCCAGCAUCAAUAUUCGCCCUCUGAGGUACUUUGAGGAUGUGACAGCAGCUGUGUCAGAGACCAGAGAUAAACUACAGGACAUUCUGAGAGAGGAAUGGACAAACAUCUCACUGACAGUCACUGAAGUGGAUGUUUUACUGUCACCAACAGAGCCAAAGACCAGAGCUGGAUUCUUAAAACAUUCAUAUGAAAUGACUAUGGAUCCAAAUACAGCUUACACUCACCUGCUCUUAUCAGAGGGGAACAGGAAAGCAAUGCUAAUAAAACGAUACAAGCCUUGCCCUCAUCAUCCAGACAGAUUCACUUCAUGCAGGCAGGUCCUGAGCAGGGAGGCUCUGACUGGAUGUUGUUACUGGGAGGUGGAGUGGAGAGGAAGAGGUGUUUGUGUGGCAGUCGCAUACAAGAAUAUCAGAAGAGCUGUGUGCCCCACUGAAUGUGGUUUUGGAUACAAUGACAAAUCUUGGGCUUUAUUCUGUGACACAACCGGCUACACUUACUUGAACAACAAAGUCCAAACUGUCCUCUCAGGUCCUCGGUCCUCCAGAGUAGGAGUGUACCUGGAUCACAGAGCAGGUAUUCUGUCUUUCUACAGCGUCUCUGAAACCAUGACUCUCCUCCACAGAGUCCAGACCACAUUCACGCAGCCGCUCCAUGCUGGACUGUGCCUUUUGGGUUUUGGAGUCAGUGCUGAGUUCAGUAAAGUCAAACACACAUAGAGGGCGUGUUCUUGAGUAUCAGUGUACCUUUGUUAUGAUCUAAAGCAGUUUGUACAUCUUCAUUUUAAUUUUUUAUUUCACGCAUGGUAUACAGUAUUAAUUCAUUUCCUACACAAAAACCUUGCUUUCAGUUACUGUAGCACUACAUCCAUGCAUGAAAAGGAGCAGGAAGAGAAGCUCAUGAAUUCAUUGUAGGAAUGCAAACACAAAUACAAACUGUAGCUGGGUCGCUCUUUAUCUGUGACUCGUAGUGCAACUCUGCAACAUUUCUAAUGCCAUAUUCCCACAUUUUUAGUACCUAAAACAUUUAAAGGCGGUAGAACAGAACCAGAGAGUGAUGCAUAUUUUAAAGGAAAAAGAUAUUAAUUAUACUGUUAGUAAAUUUUUAAAGUACUGGGUACCCUGAGGGUAGGAUAAACAAUGUUGUCUAGUAUGUUAGGACACUUCUAAUAAGUCUGUGUAACUUAAUAACUGUCUUUGCAACAUUGUCUCAACCUCUGAAUACACAAAGUUACUUAUUACUUUAAAAUAAAUCUUGAAUUCUACAAUAUUUUCUACCCAGUUCUAAGUAUUUUUAGGUACUGAACCUUAUGUUCUGAAGAUUACCUGAUAUGUGUUGGUAAAUUACUCCAUAAAUCAAAGGCUGUAUUAUAAAGAGAUAUUGAAAACUACAUGUGUGAAAAUCAACAAAAAGCAUAAAAAGUGAAACAAAAUGAUUUGAUAUGACAGAGAAAGGAGAAAAGUGCUUUAAUAAUAGUGCAGUAAUGUUAAAGUGAUAAAAUUGGUACUUUACAAUUGACAAAUCUUGUAUAUAAUGUACUCUUCAUGUUCAAUACAUAUUACACAGUUAUAUAGUUUGAUAAGUGAUACUAUUAUAUACUUGUGGUUACUGUUGUAUUGGGUUUUCAUGUGAUUAUUAGUUGGUUUAAUGAGGAGAGGACAAAUUGUUUUGUGAUUGUCUCAGUAAUUUGUUAAAAAACCUCAACAUUUCAUAAGAUUCUUCUCUUUAAUAUAGGAUGAUAGACUGAUGUUUUUGAACUGCUAACAUUAAGCAAUUACUAUUUUCUCUAAUAAUUAAAUAAGUUUGUUUUUGAUUCUUGUCAUUUAAUAGUAUUACAUGCUACUCAUUGAUGAUUGGUCUCACAUAUACACCGAUGUAUAAUGUAAUAGCAUUUUCUUUAUAUUGUAGAAGACUAUGUAGAGAAAUAGUUUAUUUAAAGUGGCUUUGGGAAGCUUAGAAUCACCACACUCCAAUAAUCUAAAGUUCAGUUUCAGUUCAUCUGCUCGGUGUUUGUGAAAGUUUAAUGUCCUUUAACAUUUUUGAUCAGUUUGUUUUCAGUCUGUUCCCUCGCCUGCUGGAAAUGUCUGCUAAACUACAAUUAAACUGCAAAAAAAAACAUGUGAUUCUCUGGUUGCACUCUCUGUCACAAAUUACUCUAACGUUCAUUGAAGCAGUACGGAACCAGUCGAACAGAUUAAAUGCUGUGCAUGGAGACAGAUUCACUUUAUUAUUAGCCUUACAGAUUGUAAUCAGCAAAGCGACAGCUCCUCAAACGAGACACAAAACCUGUUAGCGUGGUUUGUUGUUUCCUCUGUCCAUCUGCAGAUGAGCAUGCUCUGUUUUGUUGGCUUCCUUUUUGCUUUUCUGAGACGGAUGUUGUGCAAGCUGCUGGGUGAG